AUGUUAGACGUUUAUUAUUCUAGUAAAGAUUCACUAAGAGAUGUUCUUAUAUUUGUUCAUGGUGGUAAAUGGAAAAGUGAUCAUAAAAAUAGAUAUAAGUUUCUUGGACGAAAUUUCGUUCGUGAAGGUUUAGUUACUGUAAUUAUUAAUUACAGUUUAUUACCUAAUCAAAUAGAUAGAAUAGCUCAAGAUUGUGCUGCAGCAGUCAUAUGGGUGCAUCAAAAUAUAUCAAAUUAUGGUGGUAAUCCAGAUCGAAUAUUUCUUAUGGGUCAUUCAAGUGGAGGACAUUUAAUAGAAUUUAUUAAUUGUAAUUCUCGAUUCUUCAUUCAACAUAAUAUGACAAAUCCUAUUCAUGGAAUUAUUUUACUCGAUGCAUUUGGUCUUGACAUGCAUGAAUAUUUGAAUCAAGCAUCAUCGAAAAAUAGUAAACAUUAUAAUACAUUUAUAGAAGUAUUUUCUAACAAUCCUGAAAAAUGGAGUGAAGCAUCACCAAUGAAAUAUUGGAAAAAUAUACGAAAUCCUCACCUUAUUUUAAUUGGUGAAAGAACUUAUCCAUCGAUUCAAGCUCAAAAUAGACAUCUGUUUGGAAAUUUAAUAGCUUCAAAAAAAGCACCGGCAGAAUUUUAUGAAAUUCCUCAUAGACAUCAUACCGAAAUGAUUAUUUAUAUGCUUUUCCAUAAAAGUCAACAGUACAAUAUUAUUUUAAAUUUUAUGAGAAGAAAUUGA